AUGGCAGCCUCUUCACCGGUGAAAAGUAACAGCAGCGUCGCCUCCGCCGACGUAACGGCGUUACCUCACUCCUCCGGUAUCAAUGCUUCCCGGAAUCUCCGCGGUUUAAAUAAACCCAAGUGCAUCAAGUGCGGCAACGUUGCUCGCUCCAGGUGUCCGUACCAGUCAUGCAAAAACUGCUGCGCAAAAGCUCAAAAUCCAUGUCACAUACAUGUUUUGAAAGGCAACUCAUCUUUUCCAGACAAGUCUCCAUCUGCCAGCUCUCCCAUAUUUGACCAGCAAUCAAAUGAAGCAUCUCAUUCGGGGAACUCCCACAGACUUCGCCAACUUUCCAGCAACUUCGCACAAUUUAACAAUUUGCCAACUUCACUUCGGUCUAGGAAGCCAUUGACCAGAAAGGAUGCACAAGUUAUAAAAGAAUGGAGGUUCUUAAAGUUGAAGGAAUUCAGAUACAGAAACAUUGAAGCAGAACAUGAAUCUUUUGACCGCUAUGUACAAAAUGUACGCUUAUUGGAAGAGGUUUUCUCUGUAAAUUCCCCACACGAUGAGCAGUCAGCAAGUUCAACUGCUGCAGAAAACGUUGAGAAGAUGGUGCAGGGGUUGAAGUUGAAGCUAACAUAUCCGGUAAGAACUGAAAACUUGAGAAAGAGGAUGCAAUACAUUGUUGAUCAAGGAUUGAAGAAGCUUAGAAAGUUUGAGCAAAAUGAUGGUGCUAGUGAAAUUAGUGAUCCCGAAGAAGUUGAUAGGAUGUCUAAAAAGAUCAAGUCUUCUAAGGCAGGGAGGGCUUUAGCUCUAAGCGAACUUAUCGAUAAAUUAAGCAAAGCCCAAAGUGACGAAGAUCUGACAGCCUGUCGGGAGAUUGCAUCCCAGAUGUUUAGUUGGCAUUCUAAGAAACAUCAGACGGGACAAAGUGAUCCCGAGAUGUCUAAGGAACAGAAAUCUGAAAACAAAUUGUCACCCAAGAGGCAAUCCAUUGAUUCUCCAUCGAAGGGGGUUAGUCCGUCCCCUAUUGAUCAAGAAGUCUUAUGUCGAAUUGAUGGGCAUUUUUCUUCCCUCGAGGAGAUAGAAGAUUUAUAG